UUUCGUUGCAGCGAUGUCGGGUCGGGGGAAGCAGGGAGGAAAAGCCCGGGCUAAGGCCAAGUCCCGCUCAUCCCGUGCCGGCCUCCAGUUCCCCGUGGGCCGCGUCCACCGCCUGCUGCGGAAGGGGAACUACGCCGAGCGGGUGGGCGCUGGCGCUCCCGUCUACCUGGCCGCUGUGAUGGAAUAUCUGACGGCCGAGAUCCUGGAGCUGGCAGGCAACGCCGCGCGGGAUAACAAGAAGACGCGGAUCAUCCCCCGCCACCUCCAGCUCGCCGUCCGCAACGACGAGGAGCUCAACAAGCUGCUGGGCGGUGUCACGAUCGCGCAGGGCGGCGUCCUGCCCAACAUCCAGGCUGUGCUGCUGCCUAAGAAGACCGAGAGCCACAAGGGCAAGGGCAAGUGAGGCAGCGGGAGAAGCCGCCUCGAGGUCUUCUACUUCCCUGAGGAUUUUUUUUUUUUUUUUUUUUUUUUUUUAAAAAAACCCCAAAGGCUCUUUUCAGAGCCACCCACCGCUUCAGGAAAAGGGCUGGAGGAGCAGGGCGUUAUGCAAAUGAAGACUCUAAUCCGCAACCUCCUAUUGGUUGGGGCAGCGCUG